AUGGCUGCGAACUUCUUCAACAACAAGGCCCGCGCUGCGGCAGCAGCAGCGAACCCUUCGAAACCGAAGCCCACAGAUAGCAAGGAAGAGCAGGCAAAGCAACAACCAUGGGUUGAGAAAUACCGUCCCAAGACCCUCGACGAUGUCGCCGCCCAAGAUCACACAACAAAAGUCCUCCAACGAACACUCCAAGCCUCCAACCUCCCCCAUAUGCUCUUCUACGGACCGCCAGGUACCGGAAAAACAUCCACCAUCCUCGCCCUCGCCAAAUCCCUCUUCGGACCCUCCCUUUACCGCUCGCGCAUUCUCGAACUGAACGCCUCCGACGAACGUGGUAUCGGUAUCGUGCGUGACAAGAUCAAGAACUUUGCCCGUGCGCAACUCACACACUCAACGGGGUUGAGCGAGGAAUACUUGGCGCAAUACCCGUGCCCGCCGUUUAAGAUUAUCAUUCUCGAUGAAGCGGACAGCAUGACGCAGGAUGCGCAGUCUGCGUUGCGUCGUACGAUGGAGCAGUAUAGUCGAAUUACCCGUUUCUGUUUGGUUUGCAACUACGUCACAAGAAUUAUCGAGCCACUUGCUAGUCGAUGCAGCAAGUUCCGGUUCAAGGCUCUGGAUAAUUCUGCGGCUGGGGAGAGAUUGGAGCAUAUUGCCAAGGUGGAAAACCUGAGGUUGGAGGAUGGGGUUGUUGAUAAGUUGAUUGCUUGCAGUGAGGGUGAUAUGCGCCGGGCGAUUACGUAUAUGCAGAGUGCGGCUAAGCUGGUUGGGGCUGGUCGGGCUGGGAAGAAGGACGAGGAUGAGGAUGAGGAGAUGACGGAUCAGGAGUCGGAGGUUAUUACUAUUCGGACGAUUGAGGAGAUUGCUGGUGUUGUUCCGGAGGGCGUAUUGGAUGCGUUGGUGCAGGCAAUGCAGCCGAAGAAGAUCGGAUCCUCCUAUGAGGCUGUUGCGAAAGUGGUUACAGACAUCAUUGCUGAUGGGUGGAGUGCAACGCAGCUUCUUUUGCAGUUGUAUCGACGGGUGGUGUUCAACGAUGCGAUUCCUGAUAUCCAGAAGAACAAAAUCGUUAUGGCAUUCUCGGAUAUGGAUCGACGUCUGGUUGAUGGUGCUGAUGAGCACCUAUCUAUCUUGGAUAUAGCCCUCAAGAUCUCUGGCAUUCUGGGAGGAGCUUAG